UCCUCUCCAUUGCUCCUUUGUGGAAGCUACCUGUUUUUUGUUUUAGUAUAAGAGGGGGAUGUUUUAAGGAUUCGGAGUUUUCUGUGAUUCUGGGUGGUUAAAAUACAGAGACAAAAGCUAUUGAAGCUUGGGUUUUGUUUCUUCUGUUGGCUUUAUUACACAUGCAAGGGCAGUCAAGGUGAGCAUUUCCAUUCACUUUCUUCUUCAUUACCCCCAUAGCCUCAACCUUCCUCUAAAGAUUCUUCCUUUCUUUUUUCUCCUUGAAUUGUAUUGCUUUUGUGGCUAAAAGCCAGUGCAGAAAAGUUGGUUUCUUAGCCACUAGUGUUAUUUUCUGUGAUUUUGGAUUGUUGUGGUUAUGGAACUAGUGUUAGUGUUCUCAGAGAGGCAGAAAAGUGGUAUGGAGUCCUUGCAGAAAUGUUGAAAGUCUGAGAAAAAAGAUAGGAUUUUUUGGGAAGUUGGAGUGUUUUUUUUCUUCUCUAGUUUCUCUCCAUCAAAAGGUCAUCUUUUUGGAGUUGUACUUAUUGGGGCCUAAUGGGAUUGGGAGUUCUUGCUUCUUUUUUGGUUGUUUUUGCUGUGUGUUUUAGGCCAUUGGUUUGCCAACAGCCCAACACUGACGGGUUCUAUGUGUCUGAUUUCUUGAAAAAGAUGGGUUUCAGUUCUCCUCAAAUUGAAAACCUUUCUGCUCACUUUUGUGCCUGGGAAGGUGUGUUUUGUGAUGCUGAAAGAGUGGCUGUUGUGAAAUUGGUGGCCAGUGGUUUAGGCCUAUCUGGGGUGGUUCCUGAGAACACCAUUGGGAAACUUGCAAAGCUUGAGUCUUUGGAUCUGAGUGAUAAUGGCAUCACUGGCCUGCCUUCUGAUGUUUGGAGUUUGGGUUCUUUGAGGUCUUUUAACCUCUCAAAGAAUCUAGUCUCUGGGAAUCUCCCCAGUAACAUAGGCAAUUUUGGGCAACUUGAAAGUUUGGACCUUUCUUUCAACAAUUUCUCUGGGAGCAUUCCAGAGGCCAUGAGCUCCCUUGAAAGAUUGCAGGUUCUUAAUCUCAGCCGAAAUCGGUUUGAGUCCAGGAUUCCUUUUGGGAUUAUGAAUUGCCAGGCCUUGGUUUCCCUUGAUCUUUCGGAGAACAAGCUCGGUGACUCUCUUCAUGACGGUUUUGGUGAGGCAUUCCCCAAUCUCCAGUUCUUGAAUCUUGCUGGAAAUGGGAUUCAGGGGAAGGGCUCUGAUCUUUCCGGGAUGGUUUCUCUUACCUAUCUCAACAUUUCCAGCAAUUUGUUCCAGGGUUCUGUUUUUGGCGUUUUCGACGUUUUCGAGGGGGCAUUGGUGGUGAUUGAUCUGAGCAGAAACCAGUUCCAAGGCAACAUUUCUGAGGUAAAUUUCAGCUCAAGCUUCAACUGGUCUAGUUUAGUUUAUCUGGAUUUAUCUGAGAAUCAGAUUACUGGAGAAUUUUUCCCCCAGUUGAAUGAUGCCUGGAGUUUGAAACACGUAAAUCUUGCUUACAAUAGAUUCACUCCCCGGGAAUUUCCACAUAUUGAUAUGCUUUCUGGUUUAGAGUAUGUGAAUUUCUCUGGAACCAAUUUGAUUGGUGAAAUUCCCAGUGGCCUCUCAACCCUAAGUAGCUUGAAAGCGCUUGACCUUUCUAGGAACCAUCUUAGCAGUCGAAUUCCCUCGUUGAACACAAAAACGCUUCAAAUUCUUGAUGUUUCGUACAACAAUUUGAGUGGUGACAUCCCUUUAUCACUUAUAGAGAUAAUCCCGUCAAUGGAGAGGUUCAACUUCUCCUACAAUAACUUAACCUUUUGUGCCUCUGAUAUUCCCCCGGCUGUCCUCCACUCCGCCUUCAUUGGAUCAUCGAAUGGAUGUCCCAUUGCUGCUAACCCUGAUCUCUUGAAUAAAAAAGCUCCAAGCCAUCGGGGAUUCAAGCUUGCUUUAGCUUUAACGUUUUCCAUGGUGUUUAUGCUUCUCGGCCUGUUGAUUUUAGCUUUUGGUUGUCGUCGUAAGACCACAAUUUGGGCAGUGAAGCAGAAUUCAUACAAGGAAGAUCAGCAGCAUAUAUCUGGCCCCUUCUCGUUUCAGACUGAUUCGACCUUGUGGGUUGCUGAUGUUAAACAAGCUAACUCGGUCCCUGUAGUGAUCUUUGAGAAACCGUUGCUCAAUUUCACAUUUGCUGACCUCUUGUCUGCAACGUCUAAUUUCGACCGAGACACGUUGUUGGCUGAGGGGAGGUUCGGGCCUGUUUAUAGAGGGUUUUUGCCCGGUGGGAAUCAUGUGGCUGUUAAAGUUUUGGUUCACGGUUCAACUAUGACUGACCAAGAAGCUGUAAGGGAGCUCGAGUAUCUCGGGCGGAUUAAACAUCCCAACCUUGUCCCGCUCACCGGAUACUGCUUGGCUGGGGACCAAAGAAUUGCCAUUUAUCAUUACAUGGAGAACGGGAAUUUGCAAAAUUUGCUUCACGACUUGCCACUCGGUGUUCAAACUACAGAAGAUUGGAGCACAGAUAUGUGGGAAGAAGAAGACGUUAAUGGUAUUCAGAAUGUGAGGUCUGAUGGGCUGCUAACCACUUGGCGAUUCAGGCAUAAAAUAGCUCUAGGUACUGCCAGGGCUCUCGCGUUUCUCCACCAUGGCUGCUCACCGCCUAUUAUACAUAGAGACGUGAAGGCUAGCAGCGUUUAUCUCGAUAUGAACUUGGAGCCUAGACUAUCUGAUUUCGGGCUAGCUAAAAUCUUCGGUUACAGUCUCGAAGAUGAGAUCACUAAUGGUUCCCCUGGAUAUACACCGCCCGAGUGUCUUCAGCCAGCUGAAAUGUGUUCCCCAAACGCAAUUACGCCUAAAUCUGAUGUUUACGGGUUUGGAGUUGUCCUUUUUGAGCUAAUAACCGGGAAAAAGCCCGUUGGAGACGAUUAUCCAGAAGAUAAAGACAGCAAUUUGGUUAGCUGGGUUCGAGGAUUAGUGAAGAAGAGCCAGGCCUCGAGAGCUAUUGAUCCAAAAGUUCGUGGAACUGGACCCGAAACUGAAAUGGUCGAGGCCUUGAAGAUCGGCUAUCUAUGCACAGCAGAACAUCCUUCAAAGCGGCCAAGUAUGCAGCAGAUAGUUGGUCUCCUCAAGGAUAUCGAAAGCACCACAGCACAAUAACAACAGUAAAACUCUAUUAGUUAAACCUUUCUUAUCUGUUCUUUUCCCGUUUUAAGUCCCCUCUAAUCCCCUAUGUUGCCCCGAGGGGAUUGUACAGUAGUCCAAUAUUUCAUCUCGGGAUUUUGCAAUGUUUUUCUCAUUCACCAUAUAAUUCUAGCAGUGAAAAUUCAUAUUUAUAACACGGACGACUUGAAUUAGUACUCUGAUCUUAUCUUA